UUUCGACACAUGUUUUGCAGCGUCGGUGUCGGACCUGCAGCUUUGUCGCUCCAAAGGUUUUCUUUGAAAAACAGCCGUCUGCCGUUGCUCUUAUGUGGAACCGGACCUGACUCUUUGCUCCAAUGGCAGCGGCCCUCUCUGCCCCGCAGAUGCUCUCGGAGCCCCUCAGGCGGAUUCCUCUGCCUCUGAGCCAGCUGGUGGAAGACACCAGGAUCAGCAUUCCUAAUCAUCUACUGGAUUCAAAAAUCUACACCAAACUGAAAAGCAAUGGUUUGAUUGAAGCAGAUCCCCCAGAGAUCCACUUCAGUGGCUUUAAACUCGGCAAGGAUUACCUUAAGAGCCUGAAACUAAUCAACAUCUCAUCUGAAGUCAUUAAUAUUCAUAUCAUCCCCACCCAGACGAAGCCCUUUCAAACAAUUUACACCAAAAAGUAUCGACUCGUUCCUGGCCUCUCCUACACGCUAAACGUCCAAUUCCAUCCCGAUGAGUGGCGUUACUUCUAUGACUGUAUUCGAGUUCACUGCAAGGGUGAUGAGAACAUUUUAAUUCCAGUUCAUGCUUACCCCAUCAUCGAUGACUUGUGCUUCCCUCCGCGUAUUGAUCUUCCAGCCACGCCCCUUGGGCAGAGUGUUAGCCGCACUAUUCCUCUGCGAUGCAGCUGCCCCGUUGACUUUGAGUUUCAGGUGGACAUUAUUGAGACCCAUAAGGCUUUCUCCAUCCAUCCUCUCACAGGUGUAAUACCAGCUAAUGGUGAGGUGAAGAUCACUGUGACCUUCAGUCCAUUCCAGUAUGAGACUUGUCAGAUCACCAUCCAGCUUGUCAUUUCACAAUUUAACACCAAACCCCACCUCUGUACCAUCACCGGUAGCUCCGCCCCUCACCUAGCAUCCAGUUUGAUGGAGAAAGGCUUUGGUUAUGACUUGGAAGUAUCCAAAGGACCUUCACCUGCCUCCAAACGGUUUCUCAGAAAUAAAGCCAACUACAGGUCAACCAAGGAGGCUGACAAAUCAAAGACACUGAGAGCUCACGUUGAGGUUAAACCUGCCCUUCAGCUGUUGGAAGAUGUGUGUAGCCCUGGAGGGGUGGCAAAGAUGCUGAUCAAAGAUGGAAAUAAAUUCAGCUCUCAAGACCUGAGAGACGCCAUGUCAUGUGGCAGCAUGGCAGGCCUGCAAAACAGACAGCUGAAGGAGGCUCACUUCCUAAAAAAGAUCCAGCAAAAUAUGAGGGAAGAGCGAGACCGUCGCCACAAAUGGCAAGUUCAUCUGGGUAAUGACCCUGUGCCAGAACAAAUGAGGAGGACGAUAUUGGAGGAAAGAGAGAUUGCGCUACGUGAAUACAUGGUAAAAAAGGGAGGCUUGUGGCAGGAUGAAGAAUUUACUGCUGGACCACCUAAACUAUUCUCCCAACGGGUGCUUUGUGAAGUAGGACAGGUACCCGAUGAAGUCCCAUCCUUUGAGUUUCACCCAAGUUGUCCAAAGGAGCUGAAAGACAGAGCCCGCCGAAUGUUCCAGCAGGCAGCACGCAAGGUGGUAAUCCGUUGUCGCAUGAACGCGAGACUGACAUCUUUGAAGAAACUGGCAGAGAGUAUGAAGGACUCGCCGUCGGCACAGCAAGUUGAUGAAGAGAAGCAGACAUGUACAUUGAAGGUGUCCCCAGAUAAAGUAUUUCCAUCAUCUUUUCCUGUUUUCUCCAGUGAGGCCAACCCACUGGCUUUGAGAAAUUUGACCGCAGUGCCUGUGGAUCCCAUUGAUGUAACUGUGACAGCACAUAUCCCUUUCUUCAAGCUCCAAGUUCCCCAGCACUAUAAACAAAGGGGCUACCGGCCCAUCUCAGCCUGGGAGGCAUAUGACGCUUUUAUUCCCCUUCCACCAGACACGCUGCUUUACACUGCAGUUUCUGACAGUGAAAAUGAAGAAGAGAAUGUGGAAACGAGAAAUCUUAGCUUCAGCAUCCCUGAAGCUCUGCUGAAACCUUUUCCAGCACACCCACUACGAAUUUUUAACCCAGCACCUGGCCUACGGGCUUACAAACCCACACCUAAAUACCUGGAGACUGAUUUGGAGUACCACCUCUGCCCUUUGCCCAGGUAUCCAGUCCCUGAAAAUAACACUUGUGGCAUCAAGACACAAACCCCAAGCACUCAGAAAAGGUUUCUUGACCACAAGGAGAUGAUCAAAGGGGUCAUGACAUGGAAGAAUUUUGAUUCGAUCACCUUGAAGCAUCUGUCCAAACAGCCUGCUCUCACCAGCUCCUGGGCCCUGCGGAGGUCUGUUGACUACAACACAGAGAUACUUCCACUCACCGCUCCUCCUCUUCCUCUUAGUGGUUUUCCGGAUGACCUGGUAAUGCUAAUGGACAAAACAUCUGAAGAAUCAGGAAUCCAGCUGACACCAGAGAUGAUCAAAGCUGAGUUUUUGAGUCCAGAAGUUCCUUUCUCUACCAAUAACCUCAUGUCAGGAGUGACAGACAGGUGUCAGAGGGAGCGUGAGGUAGAGGGGACCUACAUGCCCGAGUUCAACCAGAUGGGGAAAAGAGUAAUGAGCCGGCUGAAGCAACUGGGACUAAGUGACACAACUUUCCAUUCAGCAGGAGAAUACCAAUAGGCAACACACGCACAUGCACACAACCACAGCUAAACAAGAUGACCAGUGACUUUCUCACCCAUCUACGAGCCUCACGCCAACUCAGAAAUACAGUUAAGCCCCUCCUCCUAAAGAGCCUGAAAAUUCAUUAUCCCUCCACCCACACAUCUGGGUGCAAUCACAUCUGUAUUCUAAUAAGCUACAUUACAUUACAGCUGCAUCUACUUAAAAAAAAU